AUGCAGCACAUUAAAACGAAUACUGCAUUAGUUGCUUUGGCCAGACAGAAUGCUCGUAAUUUACUUGUAACAAAGGGUAAUUCGGUUUUAGGGUAUCACCACACGCCUGGAGGGAUUUCCAACAGAGGGAGAAAGAGCGCUAAUAGUGGGGCCAAACUUCAUGGGUCAAGGCUUGGACCGCAAUCGCCUUUUAGUAGUGCCUCUUCUGGAGUUUCUUUGAUCGAUAAAAAUCACAAGAAGGCAGAAAUCAGUACAAUAAAUUCAUUUAGAUCUCGCGGAGAACCGUCAAGUUCGAAUUUUGUAAAAAACAAUAAUAAUGUUAAUGGUAAAUCAACUAGGAAUUAUAGUACUACCGCAACAACUACGGCUUCGACAUCGUUCCAGCAAAACCCACCAGAAAUAUUUAACUCUUCAUCCAUAACAGGAAAUGGUGGGGAAUCGGUUCAGCAGCGUAGUAGUACCCGUAGUGAAAUGUUAAUCAUCAGGGACUAUAAUGACCAGUUGGUUCGCUUGAAACAAAGGGGACUACCGAAGGAAAUGGAAAAGUUGCUUGAGGAAAUGAAGAGUAAGGGUGUACAACCAAAUACGUUUACCUACAACUUGAUGCUUGAUACACUUGCAUCAUUUCGAAAUGAAACCAACAAAUUGGAUAAGCUGAUGCAAUAUUUUGACGAAAUGAUCAAAAAUAAUGUACAACCAAAUCUAUCAACGUAUAGCAUAAUGAUCAAGGCGUUAUGUAAAAGGGAAUACGAGACCCAGACAAAAAUAUACCAGUUGAAAAAGAGGUUGAACACAGGAAAUGAACAACGGGGUGCACAUAUACAAAAAUCCAUUGAUAAUCUUAGAGAAGAGAAAUGUGUAGAAACUGCAUAUAAUCUUUUCUUGCAAACUAAAGACAGACCCGGAUAUUUUUAUGAGAGUGAUUUGUGCGACAGCAUGUUACGAUCAUUUAGUUCGCACGGAAGAAUAGAGGAAGGCCUAACUAUUUUUGAAUAUAUGGAAAACCGAGGAAUAGUGUCUGGAUAUACAUUCGGGUAUUUAAUAGCAAUGUAUAGUCAUGCAGGAGAUAUGGAGAGUGCACUUGAGUGCUUCAAUGAGUAUAAGAACGUUGAACCGAGAUUACCUCCAAAGUAUGAACCAAUGGCUAUUUAUAAUCAGCUAAUUUCGGCAUAUCUACGAUGUGAUCGGAUAUCGGAGGCCGUCAAUGUGUUAGAAAAUCUUGUUCCAAUGGCAGGACUUAAAGCAGAUGAGUGGACUUAUUUCUAUCUGAUCCGAGAUUUGUGUGAUGGUGGUAAUAUAGAAGAGGCUCAACGUUGGUUCGACAAGAUGAAAAAUAACGAAAACUUACCAAAACCAUUCCUCCUAAUAUACGAUACUAUGCUGUUGCAUUAUUCCGGGAUUGGUGAUUAUACUAAUGCGACCAAAAUUUAUCAAGAAAUGCAGGAUUUGAACCUUACGCCAAAGUAUACAGAGAUGGCCUGUUACUUAUCCUUAACUCUCAGACAUAAUCCUGAUAAAUUGCUUGAUCUCUUGGAUGACAUGUUAAAAUGUAGUCAAGUGACGGAUAACGGAUUAACAAAGGAAAUUGUUAAUCAUUUUCUUGAAACAAAAAAACCGGCGCAAGCUCUUUCGGCCAUAAUCAAGAUCAUCGCACUCACCGAACGUCAUAGUAGCGGGCCUUCAAAUCGAUCAAUAAUUUCACCUCCGAAUCACGAGGAAACCCUAAUUUCUCUAUUUAACAAUUCAGAGCUGACAUUAAAGGAGGCUAUCGAUGCCAAAUUUUUAUUAUUUGACAGUGGAUAUCGACCAAUGGUGAAUAUCAGUAAUUCGUUACUCGAAAGAUACGAAAGGCUUAAACGAGAAAAUCUUCUUGCACCACAGUUGAAGGAACUAGAAAAUCAUCAUAUUUACUCACUUUUCGACAAUGUCACUUCUAUAUGGUAUGGUGAAGAUCCGAAAAGCAAGGCUGCAUUCAAGGAAAAGACGUUCGAGAUAUUAGAGAGUUUGCAAGAGAACGGGAUCACCCUACCAUAUAAGGCUUUCACAAAAAUUCACCAUCAUUUCUUGGAAAUCUCCGAUAACGAAGGGGCAGAAAAGUGGAAACAAAUGUCAUCGAAAUCAUUAUCUAACAAUAGAGCGCAAGAGGAGACAGCAACAUCAGUUAGCAGUAACAAUAUAGGCCGUCAACCUACCAUCCAAGAGAUCAAUCGGUCAUCGCAAAUCGCCCAAAUGUGCAAAACGCAUACUAUCGAUUCGGUCGCUUUAAUGAAUGAGAUUCGACAGAUGCUUAACGAAGGAUUAAUUCCUACACCCGAGGUCGUGAGUCAAGCAAUUCGAAAUCUGGGGAAGGGUAAAAUGCUCAGUGAAGCAGAGGAACUAUACAAUCUUGCUCUUGAUUUCUUCAAAAAAUUAGAUCCGUCAGUUGGAUUCCAUGCUUUGCAAUGGUCACGUAACAGCAUGUUAAUCGCAUAUGCUUGCAAUUCCAGAUUGGACGAUGCAUAUAGACUAUACGACGAACUAUUUGAAAGUGGAUCGAAGCCGGAUGCAAAUGCCUAUGCUGAUCUUUUAGUUGCCGAGGGAGACAGGGAUCCCGAUGAGGCAGCCACAGCUUUAAAAUUGUAUGCUGAAAUAAAGCAAUAUAAUAUAAAACCAACAUUAUAUUUUUACAAUGUUUUAAUCAGUAAACUUGGAAAGGCUCGCAAGUAUGACAUAGUAUGGGAGGCUUUCAACGAAAUGAAGGCACGCAAGAUUCAACCUAAUUCUAUAACUUACGGUGCAUUGAUCACUGCAUGCACUCGAGUGAAAUCCGAAGAAAGGGCACUCCUGGUGUUGCAAGAGAUGGAGAAUUCGAGAUUUUUCCAACCGCGUAUUGGACCUUACAACACAAUGAUGCAAUUCUAUACUUGGGAUUUACAUGAGAGGGAGAAGGCGCUUAAAUAUUUCGGUGAAAUUCAAAGACUUCAACUACAACCUUCUGAUCACACCUACAAGUUAUUGAUUGACGCGUAUGCUACCAUAGAACCGUACGAUAUGUCAUCAGCGCUUAAUGUACUUGAACAGAUGAGACGAGACGGAAAGAAACCACAGCCAACACAUUACGCAUCGAUAAUUUAUGCAUAUGGACAUUGUCAAAAUGAUGUUCAAAACGCUCUUCAAACAUUUAACGACAUGCUGACAGUUCAUGGCGUUCAACCAGAUCAAAAUGCUUAUCAAGCAUUGUUUGAUACUUUAAUUUCUAAUGAUCGUAUAGUGGAAGCCGAAGAAUAUUAUGAUGUCAUGAUAACGCAAAACAUUGUAAAGUCUACUCCAUAUAUUGAGAAUUUAUUCAUUAAAGGCUACGGGCAACUGGGACAAUGGGAAAGGGCAGAGACCGUAUUCACCAAUAUGAUAGACCUUGACGAUGUUGAUAAUUAUCAUGGUGUACCCAGAGAGCCUAGCACUUAUGAAGAGAUGGUUAAAGCUUAUGUAAUUAAUGGACAAAUAGAAAAAGCCAAGGAAGUUGCGAGUAUAUUAGAAAGGAAAGAUUUCCCGGAAAUUGUUAAAAAUAACAUUGCGGACUUAUUGCGCUAA